UCUAUUUCGAACUGUUCUCAUAUCGAGUCCUGUGCGAUCCAAGUGCCUCUCAAAGAUGUCGCCUUCGGUUGAUUCAAUUACCGUGGGAUCUGCUGCUGCUGAUUCGGUAGUGAUUUCAGGAAUAUCCGGUCGAUUCCCACAGGCGGACGAUGUCGGUGACUUUGCCCGCAAGUUGUACGAAAAGCGGGAUCUGAUCGAUGAUCUGGAGGUGCGCUGGAAGCAUACGAUCCAGGGGAUGCCACGUCGUAACGGGCGGAUGAACAAUGUGGAGUUUUUCGAUGCGGAGUUUUUCGGGAUUAGUCAUCUGUUGCGGGAUGUGAUGGAUCCGCAGCUGCGAAUGUUGUUGGAACAUUCUUAUGAAGCCAUCCUGGAUGCCGGGGUCAAUCCGCAGGAGCUUCGGGGGUCGCGAACAGGAGUGUUUAGUGGUCACUGCUUUACGGAAACUGAGAAUCACAUGUACGAGACGAUUCAGCCGAUGGAAGGGACUGGGUUGUUGGGGUGUGCAAAAUCGCAGAACGCAAAUCGAAUAUCUUACUCGCUGGAUUUGAGAGGUCCUUCGACGGUGGUAGAUACGGCCUGUAGCAGUUCGUUGACGGCUCUGGAUGUCGCUUUCCGAAGUAUGCUGAACGGAGAAUGCGAUGCCGCUUUGGUGACGGGUUCGAAUUUGCUGAUCAAUCCACAGGUGACGUACCAGUUUGCCCUGUUGGGAGUUUUGACCAGGGAUGGUUACUGCAGACCGUUUGAUAAAGCUGCAAGUGGAUACACUCGAUCGGAGGCUGUCUGUGCGGUCUUUCUUCAGAAGUUGAAGGAUGCAAAACGAGUUUAUGGUCACGUUCUGUACUCUCAGUCCAAUUGUGAUGGGUUCAAGAAAGAGGGCAUAACGUUUCCUUCGAGAGAUUUACAGUAUCAGCUAAUGAAAGAAGUUUAUCAGACAGUCGGAAUAGAUCCCGUUAACGUCGGCUACGUUGAAGCACAUAGCACUGGAACGGUGGUGGGUGAUCCUGAAGAGUGUGAUGCACUAGAUAAACUUUUCAAUGCUGGACGGGAAGGACCUUUAUUGGUGGGAUCUGUAAAGUCCAGCAUUGGGCACACGGAAGCGGCAGCUGGCGUAUGUUCCAUCGUUAAGUGUAUCAUGGCGUUCGAAAAUGGAUUGAUACCUCCAAAUAUAAACUUCAACGAAACCAGACCAGAUAUCCCUGCACUUGUUGAAGGGCGGUUGAAGGUAGUCGACGAAGUUAUGCCUUUUAGUGGAUCCUUGAUAGCCAUAAAUUCGUUUGGUUUUGGUGGCGGAAAUGCCCACACUUUGCUAGCUCGAAACUUGAAAGAAAAGGAUAAUUAUGGACUACCGAAGGAUGACCUACCUCGACUGGUGAUAUGGUCUGGUAGAACUAAGGCGGCAGUAGAGAGCAUGUUGCUGAACAUUUCUCAACACCCCUUGGAUGUGGAGUUUCUUGGCCUAUUGUACAACAUUCAACGAUUUGCUACACCCGGACAUCGAUAUCGAGGAUUUGCUAUCUAUACGAAAAACGGUAGAAAACCUGCAGUUCUUCACGAGAAACAAAUGGUGCGCGCCAAACUUGAACUUAUGCCUCUGAUGGUCAUUUUUGGAGGCAUAAACGUUCAUUGGAAAAGAGAGUUGAACGUUCUUAGAAAAUUUCCACAAGUGAAUCGCACAUUUUCAAAAUGUGUUAAAAUUUUAGAGGAUCUCCGGAUGGAUUUAUACAAUUCGAGCGACGAUCUCGUAAUCCUCAACGAUAUGGUUGGUACAGUUGUUCUCCAGUUAUCGGUAGCUGAUCUUUUUGCAUCGAUUGGUAUCAAGCUAGACUACUUUGGAGGUCAUUCCGUUGGACAAUUCACCUGCGCCUAUCUGGAUGGCUGUUUGUCGUUGGAGGAAACUUUAACCUUGGUGUAUAAACACGGAUUAGUGUACAGAGAGAUCGGAGCUCAGUACUGUGCUACGGCGCUUGUGAAGCGCACUGUCAACAGUCGACAAUCUAGUGGACACUCCAAGACCCAGAGUUUUGAGAUCAUCAGUGGAUCUAUGGAAUACCUCUCGGAACAACUCAAUCUGAAGUCUACGAGUGACUAUAAAAGUGCCAAACUACCAUUCAUAACCUUACAUUCGGAAGAAUUCAGCACCAAGCUGAUAGAUAGCAAACUCCUUGAUCUAGUGAAAGAUAUAUCAACACGUAAUCACGUUACUUCCGGUGCGUGGGUUACACGCGAUGACUUCAACUUCCGUUCAGCUGUACUCCACAGUUCCAGUGCAAUCGAAAAUCUACUCACAAACAUUCCUAAUCAUGUUUCAAUUUUGGACCUGAAUCUAACAAAUUCCUGUGAACACGUAGUUAGCUUGCUGGAUUUGAAAGUUGCGUCUAUUGCAAGCAACUCCAACGAUUCUGAUAGUUUAGCUCUUCGUUUAUUGAGCAAAAUCGGGCAUGUUUACUUCUCGAAGGCCCAAAUGGAUCUUGGAAACCUCUACCCGCCAAUACAGUUCCCGGUAUCGCGCGGCACCCCAAUGUUAUCACCGCUAAUCAAAUGGGAUCAUCGACAGAAUACCUAUUUCCCGUUCAGUAAGGACGUGGCCCGCACCCGGGAAACGACAAAGCUUAGCUACAUAUCGCUGGCGAGUCCGAACUAUAAAUUCGUGCAGGGUCAUUGCAUCGACGGACGGGUCCUCUUUCCGGCUACCGGGUAUUUGUAUCUGGCCUGGGAACUGAUUGCAUCUCGUCUCGAUUCUUGCCUCAACGAUAUGCCGGUGGAAUUCUGGGAUGUGAAGUUCAUGAGGGCUACCACUCUGUCCAGGGAAAAACAAGUGAAGCUGACUUUGAACUUUCUUUCGAGUUCAGGGUUUUUCGAGAUAAUUGAAGCUGAAACGGUCGUUGUCACCGGGUACAUCAAACAAUUGUCCGUCGAUUGGACUCCGCCGGUGAUCGAAGAACAAACUUCGACAGCUGUCACCGUCACUGCUCGGGACUUUUACAAGGAACUUCGGCUACGGGGAUACCACUACAAUGGAGUUUUUAAAUCCGUUCAGGAAGCUCGCACCGAUGGGUUGAGCUCCAAGGUACAAUGGGACGGUAAUUGGGUAGCUUUCUUGGAUGGUUUACUGCAGACGGGAAUAGUCGGAAUCGAUACGCGAUCGCUAAUGAUUCCAAUUUCUGUUGAACGGAUCCAGAUCAAUCCGGUUUAUCAUCUGAAUUCGAUAGUAAACAGUGGUGAGGAGAAAACCGUGUUCGACUGUAGAAGCUGUGCGAAAACAAAAGUAACGGUUGCUGGAGGUGUGCUCAUCGCUAAUCCAAACGUUCAAACGAUCGCGAGAAGGCUUCCUCCAGGUGUUCCUGUACUAGAAAGCCAUCAGUUCGUGCCAUAUCAUGCGUCGGAAGUGAUUUCGAUGAAGGAAAUUGCUCGCAGCUGUGUUCAGUUAUCAAUCGAAAAUAUUUUAUCUCUUAACAUUACUGCAGUUGAAGUACACAGUCAAACUCGUUCGACUAUGGUUCACCUGUUCGGAGAAGCCGUGGAAGAUCUACCGUUAUUGCGAUCCAGUUUGACUCUGCUAAGCAAACAAGAGAUUGAGCUUCCCGGAGUAACGGUAGAGCAGAAGAGUCUGUCCGAAUUUUCGAACGUGACAUUUUUAAUAAUGGAAAACAUUUCUGAUGAAAUGGUUUUAUCGGAGAACAUCCUCAACUGUUUGUCCAAAGGAGGUUACCUUCUAUUACGUGCGAAAAUGGAUUUCGAUUGGAAAUCCAUGAAUGUUCCGGAACAGAUGAAUACUGUAGCAACUUUCCGUGCUGAUGAAAAUGAGCUUGUGAUUCUUCUACAAAAGAAAGUAGAACAAAUCGUUGAAGAUACAGUUUGCAUAAAAGUCGAAACUAACGAUCUACAGUGGCUGUCAUCAGUAAUCGAAGCUGUGAAAUCAAACUCUGUGAUACUGUAUUCACAAAACGAUCCAACUUCUGGAAUAAUUGGACUGGUGAACUGUAUUCGAAAGGAACCGAACCAUCAAAAUGUGAGAUGUGUAUUCAUUGAUGACGAAACUGCACCAAUCUUCGAUCUGAAUCACCCAUUCUACGAACAACAACUUCGACUGAAUCUUCCCUUCAACAUCUACCGAAACGGAGAAUGGGGCAGUUACAGACACUCGCUUUUGCCAAGUAUGAUUCGGACCGAGCCAGUGAGUCACCAUUGCUUCGCCAACUGCUUGAAGAAGGGAGACUUAUCGACGAUGAUGUGGUUCAAUGGGGCGCUGAACGUAUCCGAGGCCAACACCGAUUUGAUCCAGGUUUCGUAUAGCUCAUUGAACUUCCGUGAUGUUAUGCUGGCGACCGGUCGGCUUUCGGUCGAUGCCUUGAACCUAUCACGGUUGGAAACGGAAUGUGAUCUGGGAUUGGAGUUUUCUGGGGUGACCAGGAACGGCAGACGAGUGAUGGGAGUGGCCGAUAGUGGAGCUUUAGCAACGAAGGUUAAAUAUCACCCCUAUCUUGUUUGGGAUGUCCCGGAAGAUUGGAGUCUCGAGGAUGCUGCUACUGUGCCGGUUGUUUAUAUGACGGUUUACAUGGCGUUUUUCUCGUGUGCCAAAAUUACCAAGGGCAAAUCCGUAUUGAUACACGCUGGAAGUGGUGGAGUAGGGUUGGCUGCGAUACAAACAGCUCUAUCACAUGGACUAGAGGUGUUUACUACUGUCGGAUCGGACGAGAAGAAGCGUUACUUACUACAGCUUUUCCCGCAACUAAACCCAGAAAAUAUUGGCAACUCAAGAAAUACGUCGUUCGAACAGAUGGUAAAACUCAGAACAAACGGUAAAGGAGUCGAUUACGUCCUGAAUUCCUUGGCAGAAGAAAAGCUUCAAGCAUCUGUGCGGUGUUUGAGCAACGGUGGACACUUUUUGGAAAUAGGAAAAUUCGACAUGGCCAACGAUUCGAAACUUGCUAUGACAUUAUUCCAGAGAGGAAUAACAUUUACCAGCGUUAUGCUCGAUUUGAUGUUCAGGGAGUCGACCAGAUUCCUACAGACCAUGCACGGUAUUCUGGAUAAAUCGAUCCGCCAAGGUCUGGUAAAACCUUUACGGGCGACCGUCUACGAGGCAGAUGAGCUGGAAAAAGCAGUUCGUUUUCUCGCAAGCGGCAAGCACAUCGGUAAAGUUCUGCUGAAAAUCCGUGAACGGGAGAUGGAUUCCGAAACGCUUCCCAUUUCCUACGUUCCGAGGGUCUACUGCAAUCCCGAACAGGUUUGUAUCAUCGUCGGAGGGCUUGGAGGUUUCGGCAUGGAGUUGGCAGAUUGGCUCAUCAUUCGAGGCUGUAGAAAGUUGGUCCUCAGCACAUCUAGGGGUAUCACGCGAUCCUAUCAGGAAUACCGGAUUGAAACUUGGAAAGGAUACGGCGUGGAAAUUGUCAUUUCAACAGCGGAUGUUACGACUGAAGACGGUUGCCGCAAUUUUUUGAAUGAGGCCUCCAAACUAGGAUCAAUAGCUUCAAUCUUCCAUCUAGCAGUGCGAUUGCGAGAUGCAAUUUUAGACAAUCAAACUGUUGAUAAGUUUCAAGAAGUGUUGCAACCGAAGGCGUAUGCUGCGAUACACUUGGAUAGGUUGAGUCGGAUGAUGUGUCCGGGAUUGAAAGGUUUUGUUGUGUUUUCUAGUGUUUCUUGCGGACGGGGUAAUGCAGGGCAGAGCAAUUACGGGAUGGCGAAUUCCAUAAUGGAGCGUAUUGUGGAACGAAGGCAUGCCGAAGGAUUACCGGCGAAAGCAAUUCAGUGGGGUGCUGUCGGGGAUGUUGGACUGGUGGCAGACAUGGCUGAGGACAAAAUUGACAUGGAGAUUGGUGGAACCCUGCAACAGAGGAUUACUUCCUGUCUCCAGGAGAUGGAUUUGCUUAUGACUUGUGAACAGCCGAUAGUUGCUAGUAUGGUUGUAGCUGAGAAACGUACGGAAAGCGCCAAGACUAUGGUCGAGGCGGUGAUGCACAUAAUGAACAUUCGCGAUUUGAAAAAGAUUUCAUUGGAGAGUACACUGCCGGAUAUGGGGAUGGAUUCGUUGAUGGCCGUCGAAAUUAAACAGGUUUUAGAACGGGACUUUGAAGUAGUACUUAAUGCAAAAGAUCUUGCUACACUAACGUUCGAAAAAUUGAUGAAACUUGACGAAGAAAGGAUGAAAGGAAUUUCUAACAAUGGAAACGCAGAUGACUUGGUAAUCGGCUUGGAAAUUCUCUUCAGAACCCUUGGAAUUGAGCAGAAUAGUGAAAUCACAAUUUUACGACUGGGUUUUUCGGAGAGUACCGGAACACCUAUUUUGAUCAUCCCUGGCAUAGAAGGAGUAGCUGGUAAUAUUUGGGUCACGAUCGCCGAGCAAUUGAAUGCUCCAGUCUACAUUCUACAAUUGAUGAAAACCAUAGAAUGUCAAAGUGCUUCGCAAGUUGUAGACAACGUGAUCGAUGAAUUAUGUUCAAGUGUUAUCGACAAAACCGAAAAGAUUGAUAUCAUUGGUUACUCUUUCGGUUCUCUGAUAGCACUAGAGUUGGCAAAACGUGCAGCAUUAAAAAAUAAAAUCGAGCGACUCAUGUUGGUAGAUGGAUCACCCAAACUGUUCAAGGAGGCCCUAGAGAAGGCGGUUGCAAAUGAUCCAUCUGACGCUAACAUACAGAAGCAACUGAUAGCAGCUAUGAUAUCAGUAACUACGGAUCGCAUAUCGCUCGAUAAUAUCCACAUCAUCAUGGAAACACCGACGUUCGAGGGGAAGAUCGACAAAAUGAUCGAAAUGUCUAGGGGUCACACCGAUUACUCGCCAAACUAUAUACGAAAUUUGGCGAAAGGUAUUUUCAAUCGUUUGAAAUUUAUGCAAAAUUCGAAUGAGAACCAAUCUCCGACGAUCGAUCUGCCAAUAACUGUGGUUAAAGCUUCGGAAGCUAUUUUCGUGGGUUCUGGGGAAGACUACGGAAUUUCUACUGAGACUUCCGGAGAAGUUACCAUACAAACGAUCGAUGGCAAUCAUGCCUCCAUGUUGUUGAAUCCUGAAUUAAUUAAAAUUAUAAGCGGACCAACCGAAGGAUAAUCCUUUGUCAUGGUGAACAAAUUGAAAAUGUAUAGGUUUUUUGCCCCAAAUUUAGGUUCUAGCCGUUGCGAGUUAAUAAACAAAUAUUAAUCAUUUAAAACUUAAUUUUUUUUACUUAUCAGUAAGUUUUUGCCAUUCGUACAGAAAGGUUUAGUUAUCGGUCGAUUUGGAAGAUCAUUAAUUAUGGGUCUUAGACUUCAUAGUUUUAUUUAUUUUAUUUACAUAGUAUUCCGUCUCACGACAUAACUUGACGAACAUAAUUUCUUAAAUUCACUCGGUCCAUGCCAACCGUUCUCCAAUUCCUCGGGCACCCCACGUUCGCCAGAUCACGCUCCACUUGGUCUAACCACCUCGCUCGUUGCGCCCCCGCUCGUCUUGUUCCUACCGGAUUUGUAGCGAACACCUGUUUUGCAGGACAAUCGUCCGGCAUUCUCGCAACAUGUCCCGCCCAGCGUAUCCGGCCAGCUUUCACCACCUUCUGGAUACUGGGUUCGCCGUAGAGUCGCGCGAGCUCGUGGUUCAUCCUUCGCCUCCACACUCCGUUCUCCUGUACGCCGCCAACGAUGGUUCUUAACACUCGUCGCUCGAAUACUCCGAGUGUACGCAGGUCCUCCUCGAGCAAUUUCCAUGUCUCGUGCCCGUAGAGAACAACCGGUCUAAUAAGCGUCGUAUACAGGUUACACUUCGUGCGAGAGCUAAGUCUUCUCGACCGCAGUUGCUUGUGGAGUCCAUAGUAGGCACGACUUCCGCUGAUAAUUCGCCUCCGGAUCUCACGGCUGGUGUCAUUGUCUGCGGUCACCAGUGAGCCGAGAUAGACAAAGUCUUCGACUAUCUCCAGCUCGUCGCCGUCGAUCGUGACCUUGUUAUUACUGGACAAGCGGGUUCGG